AUGAGUAACCCUAUGAGUAACCCAAUGAGUAACCCUAUGAGUAACCCUAUGAGUAACCCUAUGAGUAACUCUAUGAGUAACUCUAUGAGUAACUCUAUGAGUAACUCUAUGAGUAACUUUUAUCAAUCAUAUUUUAUUGGUAUUGGUUAUGCUGCACCUCCUUCGGUCGAUGCUAUCCGACUUGAAUGA